GCCCUUUCCUCAGGGCCCCGCCUGGUGCCAGCCCCCCCACCAGUGGGGGGACUGCGCCUGGAAGCUGUCAUGGAGGCCCUGCAGAGACAGCAGGCAGCCCGACUGGCCCAGGGGGUGGGGCCAUUGGCACCUCCACGCCCACCGCCACCACCUCGGCCUUCCUUUCCCGGCUCUGGCUCCCAGACCCUGCAGGCCCCUGAGGGGGUCUUGGGGGAGGUCGGGGCUGAGGAAGAGGAGGACGCCCAAGAGGAUGAGGACGGAGAGGAAGCCGGGGCAGAAGAUGAGGUGGCUGAGGAGAGCCGUCCAGGGACCCGGGGCACUAGCUCACCUUCCAGCCAGACCCCUGGACCUCACCCCCAUGAGUGGACCUACGAGGAGCAAUUCAAGCAGCUGUACGAGCUCGAUGCAGAUCCCAAGAGGAAAGAAUUUCUGGAUGACCUGUUUAGCUUCAUGCAGAAGAGGGGGACUCCAGUGAACCGUGUACCUAUCAUGGCGAAGCAGGUGCUGGACCUGUAUGCGCUCUUUCGCCUGGUGACCGCCAAGGGCGGCUUGGUGGAAGUCAUCAACCGCAAGGUGUGGCGGGAGGUCACGCGGGGCCUCAGCUUACCCACCACCAUCACAUCGGCCGCCUUCACUCUACGCACCCAGUACAUGAAGUACUUGUACCCGUACGAGUGCGAAACGCAGGCGCUCAGCUCCCCGGGGGAGCUCCAGGCCGCCAUCGACAGCAACCGACGCGAGGGCCGCCGUCAGGCUUACACCGCCGCCCCGCUCUUCGGCUUGGCGGGGCCGCCCCCUCGGGCACUCNNNNGUUCGGCAGUCUCACGCCACCGCCCACCGCCCGGUCUCCGCUCUGCUCAGGGCUCCGCCUCCGGCCUGCCAGUGCACGCCUGCGCGCAGCUGAGCCCAAGCCCCAUCAAGAAAGAGGAGAGUGGAAUUCCAACCUCUCGACUGGCACUGCCUGUGGGCCUGGCCUUUGGACCUGCACGGGAGAAGGUGGCACCAGAGGAGCCCCCAGAGAAGAGGGCUGUGCUGAUGGGGCCUGUGGACCCGCCUCGACACAGUGCACCCCCCAGUUUCCUGCCCCGUGGCAAGGUUCCCCUAAGGGAAGAGCAGCUGGAUGGGCCUCUCAGUCUGGCAGGCAGUGGUAUCAGCAGUAUCAACAUGGCCCUAGAGAUCAACGGGGUGGUCUACACUGGUGUCCUCUUUGCCCGUCGCCAGCCUGUGCCAGCUUCCCAGGGCCCAACCAACCCUGCACCCCCACCCCCAACAGGGCCCCCUUCCAGCGUCUCACCCUGAGAGAGAAAUUAAGAGUACCAGCCCCAUUGCUGAGGGGAGAGGACACACCCCCUGGCCCAUUCUUCCAGGGUGCCCACUCUAGGAUCCAGCCCUGGGAGGUGACCCCCCCAAUGCCAUGUGGACUUAGAGCCAAAGAGAUUUCUUUUGAUGUUACAUCUACCUCAUUGAAAAGGGAGAGCACCCCUCCCUGGUCAACUCCAGCAGCAUCUACCAAAGAAUUCUGCCCCCAGUAACCCCCUCAUCUCCUCAUGUACUCCUUCGUGUCAAUGUCAUCUCCAGGACCCCACCUCUUCGAGUCAGAUCUGCUUCUCUUCGGGAGCCAGGUGAAGGGUUGGGUUUGGAUCUUGUGAAGGCAAUGUCCCUCGGGUCACAUCUGGAUAAUAAAGCUGCGGUCACUCUCUCUCCAGUGCCUCCUCUCCUUGUUUCGGUCUAUGGGCUGAGGAGGAAUUAUGUGGUAAUACAUAGGCUGCGUUGGGCCAGAAGUUCUCAGAGAGGAAGACACUAUAGCAAAGGUCCAUGAGUAGGGGAGCUCAGUCUCAUGAAUCAGACUGCCUGAGUUCAAAUCCCGAUUCUGCCACUACAGUGUUGAGUACCCUUAGGUACGACACUUAAUCUCUUGAAGCUUAGAAGACUCCAGAAGAUUGUGGCAUCUCACGGGGCCUCCUA